GGUUCGUGGCUGCCAGCUCUGCAGGGGCGCGCGGAGGCUUGUGCGGGCGACCGGCUGGGCUUCUCCAGAGAGACUGUUGACCAUUGCGCCACCAUGUCGCUGAGGUCUAUGGAUCCCUCUGCCCCUCUCUGCUUGGAGAACCCUUCCCUUCAUGCUCAAUCUCCUGUUUCCCUCGCCCUCCAAAGACUUGAGGAAUCCCGGGCCCGGCUCUUGCAUCCCAUUACCCCUUCAGCUUCGUGGCUUGCCUCUCUGAAACCUCUUGAUACCCGCAGCCAAGUUGUACCGGACCAAUUGACUACACCUUAUGCGCCGAUCUUCCGGCCUUGCAAGGACCCUGAACCGGCACAGAGAGCUCCGGUUUCAGUAGCUGAGGCAAAGAAUCCGCUGUCGUAUCCGGCCUUCUCUGAACCAAACCCGCAGUGGUUGAAGAACCCCUUCCUGAAACAACCCGUCUCUGCCCCACGCGAACUUCAGGGGCUGGAGGUCUCCAGAGCUCACCUGUUGCGCCCCGUUGCCGCCUCCCAACUGGCCUUUCCGAAGGCACUGGAUGGACAGUUUGAAUCCCAAUUGGAUCGCCAGGAAACAUUCUGUGCCCAGACUUGCAUGGGGUUGUCAGUUUGUUACGGAAAGAACGAUGAUUCUUUUGGACCCAGCAGUGAACCAGAGACUCCGUUGCUAAACGUGUGUCUUCUUUCCAUCCAGGGGCAGGAGGAUGAGCAUGAGAUGGAUUUGAAUGGCUUGAGGCCAGCGUACUUUCUGACGGUGCCUGAUGACCCAUUGAAGGUGCAACUGGACGAAAGACACGCCCCAAGAGACGAGUUGCCAGUGGACAGCGAAGAGCAGGAUGUAAAAGAACAAAAAUUGAUGUUGCUAAGUUUGGCCUGCUGCUCCUUGGUGGAAGGGGCAAAGUUUGGGAAAAAACCCAGUGAUCUACAACAGAGGCUGGUGCAAGUGUGUGAGAGUCUCGCAGAGCACGAACCAGAAUUCAUCCUAAAGGUUGCUCUGUAUACUCGCCAAGAACUAAAUAUCCGCAGCACAGCCAAUUUUCUUCUGGCCCUAUCUUCCCGCCUCCUCCCCUGCCGCCCACAUCUGCGGCGCUAUUUCUGCCAUGCCAUGCAGCUCCCGUCUGACUGGAUGGAGGUGGCCCGUCUUCACCAGAGUUUAGCAGGGGAAGGAGACGCUCUGGCUCCAAUGCCUUCCUGCCUCCGCGCUGCCAUGGCUGAUAAGUUCCGGCAGUUUGACGCAUACCAGUUGGCCAAGUAUAAUACUCGGAAGAGCCGGGGGAAAAAACGUCAUCGGCCAAAGAACAAGCAGCCAGGCUCCUCUCACCAGAACGACUGGAAACAGAGCUUUUUGGGUCAGGAUGUAUAUCUUGCGCCCAAAUUGGAAUUUCUCGAGAAAAUGUUUCAGGGGAAUUUGGCUUCGAAGGAGCCCUGUCCAGCAGCCCCCAAAGAUCUUUUCUCUCUGAAGGCUUUGAUCGAGCGCCUUCACAUUUCUGAGCCAGCCCAGCAUGUGAUGAGUCUUCUGGGGAGGAGGUACCCCUCGGACUUGCGCACUUUCUCCCGAAGUCGCCUCCCAGGGCUCUGGGACCCGAGGCUUUCCGGCACUCGCAUGAAACUGCCGAAUCCGGUGACCUGGGACCGGGCGCUCAGCGAGCGGGGGAACAAAGCUGCGGUCUGGGAAGACCUGAUCGACAGUAGGAAACUUCCUUUCAUGGCCAUGCUGCGAAAUCUACGCAAUAUUCUCCAGGCCGGGGUGAGCGAGAGACACCACAAGUGCUUGCUGCAGCGCCUGGAGGAGAAGGAGUCUGUGAUCCAUAGCCGGCAGCUCCCUUUUCGGUUCCUUGCAGCCUGCAAGGUUAUCCUGCAAUUGGAGAAGGACCUCAAUGAGCAGGACCCUCCGCUCCCUAGCGCCUCUCAGAUCAUCAAGAAGACGUUUAGGAAAUUGAGCUCCCGCGUCCCCGGCAGGCCAAAGCGGAGAUGGGAGGAUGAAGAGCUUCAGAAGUGCAUGGAGAUUCCGGUGAUCUUCCGGUUGGUGCAGAAGGAGAGGAAAAGGCUGCGGAAAUGCAGAGAAAUGCGUUGCAGUCGUUCCCUCCUGCAGCGCUACCGCCAGGCUCUAGAGACGGCAAUCGGCUUUGCCGUACGGCACAACGUGCCCCCUAUCCCUGGGCGUACCCUGAUCCUGAUCACACAAGACGACAUGAUGGGACCUUACAUGCAGGCCCGAGACCUCUACUGCCCCAAUGAAAACCUGGAGGGCUUCGAAAAACCUGUCACGAAACUGGAUGUGGCUAUGUUGCUGGGCUCCAUGGUGUACUCCGCUUCUGAACAGGCCCAGCUCUUCCUCUGCAGUAAUUCACACAGCAUGGGCCCUAUUGACAUGACAGGCUCUGUGCUGAAGGAUGUACAAACCUUACAAAUUGAGAGCAGUAAAUGGCGCAGUGAUUUCGUCGGCUCAGCCAGCGAUAUCAUCAUGGACUACCUGGCUCGCCGCCAACACGUGGAUACGAUUCUUCUUCUGAGCGGCAAUCCUGAUGUGAAGAUUCGUGGUUCGAGUCUGAGGCUGUAUCGCCACCAUGUCUCCCCCAACUGCCUCUUUGUCAAUGUCUGUGGCAACGCCUCGAUUUCAAGGACUUUUGAUUCCACGAAUGAUGUGGUGCUGUUUGGAUUCAGUGAACAAGUCCUCCGAUUCAUGGCUGAAUGUGGCGGCUCCCGGUUCCUAGAGCACGUUGGGAAAGUUGACGAGAUCUACGGCCUGCCCAAACAGCGGGGGACAGCGGUGGCGAAGCGGGAAACGGGGGUUGUGCCCUUGAUCCCUGCCCCCAAGAACAGGUGGCGCUCCGUGCGGGUUUUCGUCUCCUCCACCUUCCGCGACAUGCAUGGCGAACGCGACCUACUCAUUCGCUCGGUCUUCCCCGAGCUUCGGGCGCGGGCAGCCCAGUUUUGCCUGGCUAUUGAGGACAUCGACCUGCGCUGGGGGAUCACAGAAUUCGAGAGCCAGAGCAACAAGCAGAUAGAGCUUUGCUUGUCAGAAGUUUCAAAGAGUCAGCUCUUCAUUGGAGUCCUUGGUAAGCGGUAUGGCAGCAUCCCUAAAGAGUAUUCUUUGCCGGAUGAACCCCAGUUUGAAUGGGUGAAGUCCUACCCGGCAGGCCGCUCCAUCACUGAGAUGGAGAUUUUUCAGUUUCUGGAAGGUGGGAACGACCCCACUACAAGAUCCAGAGCCUUCUUCUAUCUCCGAGAGCCAGAGUUUGAGAGCUUCGUGCCCGACAUGUGGAAGGCAGAUUUCCUGCCCGAGUCGGAGGAGGCAAAGGACCGCCUAGCCGACUUGAAGGAGCGUCUUUGCGAUUACGAAGGCCUGGCUUCGCUUGAGAGAUACGCGUGCCGAUGGGGUGGAGUAGCCCAUGGCCGGCCAUACGUUGCGGGCCUGGAGUACUUUGGCACCAGGAUCUUGGAGGAUGUGUGGGAAUGCCUCCGGCGCCAGUUCAUUGAAGUCACUGCUGAGAACAGCAAGGGCGAUGGCGCCAUGCUCACAGAUGACUCAGAGGAGCAGGAAGAAAAGGUGCUGCAAGAAUCUUUCCAGGAACUGCAGCAGAAGAGAUUUUGUGCCCGGAAAAAACUUCUUGACACCACAGCUGCCCAGCUGUAUGGGGGCAGGCUCUACGUUGUGAGCGGCGAGCCCGGCCAGGGGAAGACCGUCUUCUUGGCGGCCCUUGCCCAGGCACUCAGAACGAAGGCCCCGCCUCGUGGAGACGGCCCUGCUCACGUUUACCACAUCGUGGCCCACUUCACCAGGGCCCGGCCCAAUCAGGCUGAAGCCCAGGUCGUAUUGGGCCACCUCUGUGCCCUGCUGAGGAAGUUGCUGGAGAAGCCUCCACCCCCACCCAGAAGCUACAGAGGGCUCGUUGGCCAGUUUGAAUUCCUCCUCCAUGCCGUGGCCCAGGCACUGAAGCCACGGCAGUCUCUGGUGGUUCUGAUAGACGGUGCCGACUUCAUCCAUGCAGCCAAUGAGCAGCUGGUUUCUGAUUGGCUGCCUGAGCAGCUGCCCCAGCGAGUCAGCCUUGUUCUCAGCGUCUCUGAGGACUCCGCGCUCCUCGGGUCCCUCAAGCGACGGAAAGAUGCAGUCGCCAUCCCCCUUGGGCCUCUGGACCCCCCAGACCGAGUUGCCAUAGUCCGCAAAGACCUUGCAUUGUAUGGCAAAAAGUUGGAGGAGACUGCUUUCAAUAACCAGAUGCGGCUUGUGCUCCUGAAACGUGGCUCCCAGCAACCUUUGUACCUGACUCUCCUGACCCAGGACCUGCGACUCUUUGCCCAGUAUGAGAAGCUCUCUGAGAGGAUCCAGAAGCUGCCAGUCUCUCUCCCUUUGUUGCUGCAGCACCUGCUGGGGUGCCUGGAGCAAGAUCACGGCCUGGAGCUGGUCUCGGUUGCCCUCGCAGCCCUCUGGGCCAGCAGAGAAGGGCUAACGGAGCGAGACCUCUACUCCAUCCUUGCCACCUGGAAGGAGCUGAGCGGGGCUGACAUCACCUUGGAGAAAGCCGUGGUUGCUGGAAGACGUGCCGGAAGCUAUCCCAUGGCCCCCUUCCUGGACUUCCUGCGGAGCCUGAGGGGCCUGCUCAUGGUGUGCGGCUCCCCCUCGGAACCCCCCGGCUCUCGGCUGCAUCUCUGCGGUGCUCCCUUGAAGGCAGCGGUAGAACGGCGCUACCUGAAGAAGCCCGGCCUGGACCGCACAGCUCAUGUGCUUUUGGCAGCUCACUGGUGGAAACAGUCGGACCCGGAUAUUUCCAGGACCUUCCGGAACUGCGAGGCAGAAUCCUUGAGGGAGCUUCCCUAUCACCUGGUCCGCAGUGGCCACUUCAGCAUCAUGGCUUCUUUCCUGUACGAUCUGAGAGUUGUGAGCGCCCACCUCCGCCUGGGUCUCCUCCACUGCCUUUUUGAAGCCCAUGCGCUCUAUGAAACUGCCGACACUGGUUUGGAGCACGAUGAGACGGUUGAACACUUCCGUGCCUUCCUGCAAAAAAACGUGGAUCUGCUUUCCCAGAACCCUCAGCUGCUUCUGCAGCUGGGGUCCCAGGAAACGGAUUCAUUCGGCGUCGGUUUACAGGCCCACUUUGCCCUCUUGGGGAGCGGGAUCCAUUACGUGAAACAGAUUAACAAGCCCGUGAAAGCCCAGAAGAUCAACAGUCUUGUUCUGACCCUACCCGCCGUGCCCUCCUGUGUCUCAGUUUCCCCCUCAGGCAAGCUGGCCGUCGUCGGCACCGCUGAGGGAACGCUGCACCUCUUGGAUGUGGAGACCGGGCAGGAACUGAAGUCUUUGCUGAGCGCCUGUGACGGGGUUUCGGCCUGCGAGUUCAUAUCGGAGACGUCUGUCUGCCUCGGGGCCUUCAAUGGGCGCUUGGAGCUUUGGAGCCUGAGGGAAGGAUGCAGGCUCUUAGGUGCAGAUGCUCACAAGGCCCAGAUCACAGACUGUUGCAUCAACUCAGAUCGCAAACAACUAGCUACCGUGUCACUGGACGGCUGUCUAAAGCUCUGGGAAUCUACUGGCGGCCAUCUGAUCCGCGAGCGGGAUUGUUUGUGCCCUUUGAACUCUGUGACCUUUCACCCGAACGGCCAGCUGGUGGCGACAGGAGGGUGGGACAGAACCGUCACCGUCUUGGAUGCGAAUGAAAUGAGCGUGAGCUCGGUGCUGAGAGGCCACGACAGCUCCAUCCAUUCCAUCUCCUUCUCUUCCGCUGGGAACGUUUUGGCAGCUGGGUCCCUGGCUGGAUCUGUCCACCUCUGGUCGUGGCGGGAAGCUGUUGUCUUGAGCACGUUCUUGGCUCAUUCGGGCUGCGUCUCCAGUGCUCUGUUCCUUCCAGGAGGAAAACUUCUCACCGCGGGAGAAGACUGCAAGGUGCAGCUUUGGACAGGUCACCUGGGGAAGCUCCGGAGCACGUUAGGAAUAAAGGCCCGCCCCCCGGCGGUGUGUGCUGCGCCCAGUCUUGAUGGCAGCCGUUUGGCGGUGGGGCACCACCCGGAUGACGUCUGGAUCUACAGUCACCCUUGGAACAAUUCCUCCCGGAAACACUGCCAGGCCAGUGGGGUGGCUCUAUGCAGCCUGGCCUGGCUGGACAGUGUCUUCUUGCUGGGGGGCAGGAGCGAUGGAUCCCUGUGUGUCUGGAACACCUCGCACGAUUCCCCCUCUUGCGUCCACGAGCUGCACGGCCACGAAGGAGCGGUGACGGGCCUCUCUGUCUCCAAGAAGCUGGCGGCCUCGACAUCAGAGGAUUUCAUGGUCCGACUGUGGUUUUCGGAGACGCUGCGAGCAGGCUCUGCUUCCGACGCUAGCGUCUUGCCACUUGCGGUGCUCCGGGGUCACACUGCCGGUGUGACUUGCUGUGCCUUCAGCCUCGAUGGCUGCUACCUUGCCACUGGAGGCAAAGACCGGGCCUUGUUUCUCUGGGAUGUCAAGGACCCGUCCCAGAAAACUCCCUCCCUCUUGCGUUCCUUGCCUUUCUGCCACAAGGACUGGGUCUCGAGCUGUGCGUGGGCUGGCCCCAUCGUGCUCUCCGGCUCCAACGACGGCACCGUUUCCAGCUGGGAUCCCAAAACGGGCCAGCGCCUCCAGGAAUUCCUGGGCCACCAAAGCCCGAUCUGUGGUGUCACAGCUGAGAAGGAAUAUGUGAUUUCCGUGGGCAGAGACGGGAUGCUGGUGAUGUGGGACCUACAGGGAAUGGAGAGAUCCCGGUUCUUGGCUCACCCUGAUCGGGCCAACCACUGUGUAGGCUUCAGAGACCCACAGGAAAAAGGAUUCAUGUUGGUGGCUUGUGGCUGUGACGGAACAGUGAAACUUUGGAAACCCUUGGCGAUGGGGCAAUCCAAGGUCCUUCCCGGACACUGUGGGGCCAUCCGUGGGGCGGCGGCUUCCCCAGGAUCUUUCCUUACGAUAUCCGACGACCAGACCGUCCGAGUGUGGGCUGUUCCCGAGGAGGAAGAAGGUGACGCACAAGACCUUCCUCCUCACGACGGUGCCGUCACAGCUUUGGCCUGGUCCCCCGACGGCAAGAUGGUUGCAUCCGGUGGGGAACGCGGAGACCUCAUUGUCUGGCACCAAGCCAGGGCAAAGGUUGGCCCCCGCUGCAUCAGUGCCUUGGCCUUUACGUCCCCGGACACAAUCCUCGUUGUAUCGGAUGGGAUCAGCCUCUGGGACAUAAAACGCAGCAAGUGCCGUGACAGAACGGACAGCCUGAGGUACAGGAAUCUGCUCCGCCAUGCAGAGGAGGCUUCAGUGGUCUGUGUGGGGACGCCCAGGCCUGGUGGCCCACUGGUCCUGGGCCUUGCUAAUGGAGGCUUGCUUUCGAUGCAGCCAGGAGCGGAGAGUUUCCAGGAGUACCAACAGACAGACGGGGUCUGGGAUGGCAAGGCAAACGUCAGCUUUGACAUAUCAGCAUCUGAGGAGGAAGAAGGCGUUUUUCACAUCUGGGACUCCAUGCAAAGGCCGAACUUGUUCAAGAUGAAGGUGACCAAGUCUGGGAGGCUAAAGGACAUCUCGGAGACCGCCGAGAACAUACCUUGGACACCAGACAGGCCCUCUGCCUGGGUCACCGUGGCUCGGCUGAUCAAAGGGAAGUUCCUACUAUGUGCAGACUCUGAAGGAUUUCUCUGGACUCAGACCCGGCAGAAUGAGGAGGGAGUGGAUAAGUGGAAAGCCGACGGCUGGCAGAAGAGAAAGAUUCACAGCGACAAAAUCACAGCUCUGCACGUCCUCGGAGACAAGACUGUAACAGCAUCACAUGACCGGGAUGUGAAGAUUUGGGACAGUGACACCAUGAAGCUCCUGGGCCAGUUCCGAUGCCAUGCCCCAGUUUCCUGCCUCCAGCCUCACCCCAAGGCCGACUCUUCGCUCAACUUCGCCGUGGGUGAUGCUUCAGGCAAUGUCUACUUCCUGGCAUGGGACUGCCUCUCUUAACUAAGGAGCCGUCUUCCUGGGGAACCUCCAGAUUCUUCCCUGUUGCACGCACCUUACAACUCCCCCCUUUCCAGCCUCAGAGGCAUCAACGUUGCCGUUUCAACUUCUACAAUCUCAGCCUGUGGAUUCCGGGUGAUGAAAUCACGGAUUCCUUUUCUGUCUUGAAUGGCUUGGUUGACUAGGAGGCAGUACUUGGGGCUGUUUAGCAACUGUGAGCUCUGUGGCCUACGCUGAGCUAAACAAUCAUGGAUGUGAAAUGAACCUACUAAAUAAAUAAAUCCCGCUGAUCCUCA